AUGUUUACACAUAACUACGCUAAACCGAAGUACACGGACUACUUCAAGUUCGAGCACUACAGCUUUCCAAAUCUAGACAAGGAGCUUGCUCACCUCAAUGACCAGAUGAGUGACUUUGCUUUUACCGAGAACCAAGUUAGUCAAAUGCUUUUCAUGGUAUCGUUGUUUGCAGAUCUAAACCGUCGGGUUUGCGAGGAAAUAUUUAGCGACGAGGAGCUUCUGAAACGAUUAGAAGGGGUGGAUGUUGUUCUGGUUGAUGUUGUUUGGCCAUGUGGGAUCUAUAUGAAGUCGUUCCUUUCAAAGCAGAAAAACACCAAAGUUCGUGGAGUCGUCGUUGCUACGUUGGCAUCAUACCCCUACAUGCAACAGCUUGCUGGGUCACCAGUACAUCCAUCCUAUCAACCCAUGCCUAUAACAGGGCUGUCCUUUAACAUGUCGUUCCUGCAACGCGUCAGCAAUACCAUAUCCUACCUGAUUGGCAACAUCUUCAAUUAUUUCAUGUGUUCAAGACCCUAUCACGAGAUUGUAGACAGAUACGGUUUGGAUCCGUAUAUGAAAAGUUCUAUCCAUGAAGAUGUUGAUCUUUAUCUAAUCAACACCGAAUUCGCCGUCGAGUUCCCGUAUUCCUUGAUGCCGAAUAUUAUCCCUGUCGGUGGUCUAACGGCAAGACCAGCUGAACCUUUAGAAGAUGACUUGGAAAGCUUCAUGCAAGGUUCUGGAGAAUAUGGGGUCGUUGUCUUCUCUCUUGGCUCGAACUUCACACGGAUAACUAAUUCAAGACCCGAGCUCGUCCAAGUUUUCAUUGCUGCACUCGGUCGUUUGCCUCACAAGGUGCUGUUUCACCUGCAGGCAGAUCCGCCAGAGAACCUUCCUGGAAACAUCAAGGCGUUGCCUUGGCUUCCUCUCCAAGACGUCCUUGGUCAUCCGAAGACACGUCUCUUAAUCUAUCACGGUGGCAACAACGGCUUCCUGGAGGCGGUCUAUCACGGCGUGCCCCUCGUCAUCAUGCCCUUGGCCGGUGACCAGAUCGACGUCUCUGUCAGGGUCGAGUCGAUGGGCCUCGGUACGACCAUCGACAAGACGCGGUUGAGCGCCGACUACAUCUACCAAAGAGUGGCGGAAACUCUUCAGAAUCCAGAGUACAGUGAGAGGAUGAAGCGUGCAUCUGCCAUCUUUAAAGACCGGCCAAUGACAGCCCCUGAUCGGGCAGCAUUCUGGAUUGAACACGUGAUCAAGCAUGGCGGAAGCUACAUGCGAUCACCCGUCCAUGAUUUAUCAUUUGUUCAGUUUCAGGGAAGACCAGAUUUUAUGAAUGAAUUGCCCUGA